AACUGCCAGCCAGGGAGAAAUUGUUACCGCUGCCCAUUUCAUUUAAUCUCUUCUCAUUACUUCUCUCCCAUCUUCUGUCAGCCCAAGAGGAGAGAAAAGAGGAAGCUGGGUGGAGGGUCUUUUUGGGGGUGGGGGGAGCAGGGUCCCCAGGUGUAAACUUGGAAAGCCAUCCUCUCUUCCCUCCCUUCCUUGCCAUGGAGAAACCCACUUGCAAUUCGACUCACAGCAAGAAGGCGAUCCAACCCCUUCAUUAUCUUAGCAGAGCGGAAGCUACAGCUAUUGAGAAGGAGCUGUUAGAAGAAUUUAAAUUUGGUCAUCAGCAGUUAAUUGAGAUCUGGGGUCAUGCAUCUGCCAUGGCAGUGACCAAGGUUUUCCCCAGGCAGUCUCUCUCAAAGAAACAGCCGACACUAUUGGUGAUCUGUGGUUGUGAACAGAAUGGGGCAAUCGGCCUGGCAUGUGCCCGGCAUUUGCGUAUAUUUGAAUACGAGCCGACCAUUUUCUAUCCCAAAAAGUCAUCUAAUCCUCUCUACAGAGAUUUCACCACGCAGUGUGAAAAGAUUGACAUUCCUUUCCUUUCCUACCUGCCAACAGAGGUUCAGCUAAUCAGUGAUGCAUACAACCUGGUAAUUGACGCCAUGCUUGGCGUAGAAGACAGCCUGGGGGAACUGUCGGAGCCCUACUGCACAAUCUUGGCAACGCUCAAACAAAUUCGGAUUCCUCUUGUCAGCCUGGAUGUCCCAUCAGGUUGGGAUGUAGAGAUGGGCAGCAGUGAUGGAAUCAGCCCCGAUGUUCUUGUCUCCUUGGCGGCUCCAAAGCAAUGUGCCACGAGAUUUAUGGGCAAGCACCACCUGGUGGCUGGGCGCUUCCUCCCCUACGACGUACAGAAAAAAUUUGAACUGAAUUUGCCAGAAUACCCUGGCACAGAGUGUGUGGUUUCUCUGUAGAGCAGGGGUGUCCAACCUUGGCAACUUUUAAGACUUGUGGACUUCAACUCCCAGAAUUCCCCAGCCAGCAUGGAGAGUUCUGGGGAAUUGAAGUCCACAGGUCUUAAAGUUGCCAAAGUUGGACACCCUUGCUGUAGAGCUUAGAAACAUCCAGCAGUUUGUGGCUUCUGGAUAUCUUGGCCCUGCUAAGAACUCCCUGGUUUGCUUCUCUUGAAUGUCAAAACGAGAUCCCCAGUAUUAAUCAGUUCCAUGUCUAGGCUUUGGAAUGUAUAAUAGUAUUGUUUAAUUCAAUGUAAAAAAAUAAUCUGGCAAAACCAUUUGGAAGAAACAGAAUAGCCCAGACAACUGAGCCACCUAAGAGGACCCCUCCGGAAAACGUGAAUUAAAAGAGACACACAUAAAUUCCUCUUCAAAUAACUGUUAUGAAACCCAUUAAGAUUCAAGCCAAUUUCUUUUUUAAAAUCUGCUGAAAGCUGAUUUAUGUCUAGGUUGUGUGUGUGU